CUUUAACUACACUUAGAGGCGUAAAAACAAUAACUUUACUGUUUGUUUCUGAUUAGUGACAAAGACCUGACUGGAGUGAACAUCACAACUUCUUCAUCAUGCAGAAAACUAAACCUCCAGGCAAGGUGAUUGGAGCUAAGUUUCCACCUUCAUCUUCUACACCACCAACGCGCACACCUGCUCCUCUGCCUCGUACCAAACCGACUCCAGAACCCCCCUCUCUGGUCAUCAGCGAUCCAACAGGGAGUAAACCUCCAGGCAAGGUGAUUGGAGCUAAGUUUCCACCUUCAUCUUCUACACCACCAACGCGCACACCUGCUCCUCUGCCUCGUACCAAACCGACUCCAGAACCCCCCUCUCUGGUCAUCAGCGAUCCAACAGGGAGUAAACCUCCAGGCAAGGUGAUUGGAGCUAAGUUUCCACCUUCAUCUUCUACACCACCAACGCGCACACCUGCUCCUCUGCCUCGUACCAAACCGACUCCAGAACCCCCCUCUCUGGUCAUCAGCGAUCCAACAGGGAGGAAUGUCUCAUCUAAAUUCAAGAACAUCAUCUCUAAAAGUCUCCUGAUCCAUUCAGGACCUCCAGCUGUGUACCAACUACAGACAAAAAAAGAGGACUUAGGACCUCUGACAAGACUAACGCUUGGAAAGAAAAACUUGAACAAGGCCAACAGAACUGUGUUGCUGGUGGGUGAAACAGGAGCAGGAAAGUCUACCGUCAUCAACAGUCUGGUCAACCACGCUAUGGGAGUGAAGUUUGAGGAUGAAGUCUGGUUUCAGAUCGUAAAAGACGAGAAGAAAGGGCAGACUGAAAGCCAGACUUCAGAUGUGAUUGUGUACGAGGUCUUUGGGUUUGAAGAUCAAACUUUGCCUUUCUCCCUGACCAUCAUCGACACGCCUGGAUUUGGAGACACCAGAGGGAUUGAACGUGAUCUUAUUGUCAGUCAAAGAUUGUUUGACUUGUUUCGAUCAGAUGAUGGAAUUAAUGAGAUUCAUGCCGGGGGUCUGGUGGUGAAGGCCACAGAUAAUCGAGUCAAUGAUCGCCUUUCAUAUGUCUUCAACUCAGUCAUGUCUCUGUUUGGGAAAAACCUGGAGAAAAGCAUCGUGGCUCUCGUUACUCACUCAGAUGGAAGAACACCCAAAAAUGUUCUUCAAGCUCUUGCAGCUACAAACAUAAAAUGUGCCAAAAAUGAAAAGAAUCAACCUAUUUACUUCCUUUUUGAUAAUUCCCAAACUGAUGAUCGAUCAGAGGACAUUGAAUUCCUAAAAAUUGCUACGGAAAUUUCUGAGAAAGGAAUGAAAGCCUUUACAGCCUUCUUGGAGAAGAAAUCAUCUCAAAAACUGAUAACAACAACAGACGUCCUAAAUGAACGCAUCAGCCUGGCGGCCUGCAUCCAGAACCUGCACGAGAGAAUCCUGUUAACUGAGCAGAAACAACAGGAACUCAAACAAACUCACGACGCUCUGGUCAAACAAGUAGAAGACAUGAAGAAAUCUGAGACGGUCACUGUAGAAGUUGAUGUUGUCUACAAAGAAAAGGAGCUUCUUAAAAGCAAAAAGCUUUUCGGCCGUGGUUUCUUUGAAAAAGCAAUGGUCUGCACCAUCUGUGAGGAGAACUGCCACUAUCCUGGCUGUACUAUCAGUUCCAGUCCUCAACAUUGUGAGGUCAUCAAAAAAGGCCGCUGCACAGUCUGCACAAAGAAAUGUCCUGCAUCAGCUCAUGUGAAGGAAAACUGGAGAUAUGUCAUAAAAACCAAGAAGGCUAAGAAGACUGUAGAAGUUAAAAAAGAGAAGCAGGUGGAGAAGGUUGACCCUGACAUCAAGUUUAAUAUUUUAAAAAGUCUUGCAAAUAAAAUCCAGAACCUGAAAGCAGAGAAGAUCCAGCUGGUUAAUGAGUCCUACCAACAUGUUAUCACCCUGGAGGAGAUCGCCCUCAAAGUGGAUUCUGUGUCCACUUUUGUUCACCUGGAUUUCUUGAUUGAGAAGAUGAAGGAAACAGGAGACAUGAAGAAGGUCCAGAGAUUGGAGGAGAUGAGAAGCCGAAUGGACGAAGGAACCAAGUUAGCCCUCCAGUACAUGUGGGGCAGAACAAUCGGAACCAUGUAAGAACCAGAAGAACCAACACAUCCAUGACAGGAUGAAGAAGAAAGCUUCAUUAGGUGCAUCAGCUCCUCUAAAGCCUCUUCUUGAUUAACUUUAGUUCAGUUUCAAUAAAAUAACCUCCCAUCUGAUCCUGGUAAAGGAAAGGAUUUAAUGAUUGUUUAAGCUAAUAUACUGAGUUUGUUAAAGAAAUAUUUUAAUCAUAGAUAUACAACCGAAAUACAAUAUAUACAACAUCAGAGAGAAGAGACUGCAGCUGAAACCAACAAAUGUUUUCCAGCAGACAUUUCUGUCUUUACUAAGAAACAGCUUCAAACAGCUGAUUUAGUAGGAAUGGGUUAAUAUGAUUUAUCAUAAGAAUUAGGAUUCAUUGUGUGAAUGAUAAACUCCAACUGAUUAUGUUUGCACUCCUGAUAAAUUAACAGUAUGUUGGGACUUUUAAUAUUUUCUUCCACUGUCGGUUCCAAUGAAAGCAUAAAUAAAUAUGCAAAUAAUAAAAAUAUGAUUGAAUGCAGUUAUUUUUACCUUUCUAACAUUAACUGCACUACUUAAUUAAACUGGUGUGUUUUAUAAUGGGUUCAUUUGUGUUAGUUCGGAGAACUGAGUCCUGCUGAAAUUUAAACACUUAUUGUUACAUUUAUCGUUGUUGCAACAAAUACCGAACAUAUUGUGAUAAUUUUAAGUACAUGUUAACUAUCCCUAGUUUUAUAGAGAACUAUUGAAAAUUGUGUUUUUCUUUUAAUUCCUGUAAAUAUUUAACUAAAAUGAAUCAUUUGGAAUGUGUUGUGAUUUGAAUAUGAAUAUAU